AUGAUAAAGUAUUUUUGUCAUGACCAUCAUCUAAAGCUUGAGAAGUAUGAUAGUGUUCGAGAUGCAAAGAAACAAUGUCAAGCGUGCAUCCUUCGCAUAGAUUCUUAUGAUUUCUACAACUGCCUACAAUGUGACUUCAUUCUUCACGAGGUAUGUGCUGGUCUUCCUCGAAAAUUGGCUCAUGCAUUGCAUAGACAUCCUCUUGUUUUAGACCCUUCUCCUAUACUCGACUACCAUUCCAUAGGUUGUUCAACUUUUGGCCGUGACUCCAAUGGUUUUGGGUACAAAUGUUCAAAAAAUGAUUGUGACGACGAGAUAACAAUUCAGAUAGAUGUUCGAUGUAUUUUAGUUCAUGAUUGUUUUACCCACAAAAGUCAUGAACAUCCUUUAUUCAUCUCCACUUCUUAUUCAAGAAAAGGUACCAUUUAUUGCAAUGGCUGCAAAGAUAUUGUUCGUGUUGAGUAUUAUAUGCAAUGUACUAUAUGCACAUUUUCUAUGUGUUAUCGAUGUGCUACAAUUCCACAUGAGCUACACUACAAGUUUGAUCCACAUCCUCUCUCACUUUGCUACGGAGAAGAUGCAGAGAAAACAUAUUGGUGUGAAGUAUGUGAGAAAGAAGUUAAUCCAAGAGAAUAG